GAGAAUUGCUCCCUUCACCCCCUUUGGACUCUGGUCAGCACCUCAGAGCAGAGUAGGCUCAGACAGGAAAAAGGUGAAGAAGAUGAAGAAACUGGUGGUGGUUUUGCUGUGCCUGGUCCUGCUGACCAUCUACACAGAUGCCAACCCUAUCAUCAAGGAGAGCCUUGCGAAGCAGCUGCUCCGCAGCAAGAGGCAGGAUCGCCCAAUGAAGCCCGGCUACCCCGAUGAGCCAAUGAGGGAGCAUCUGCUCCACAUGCAGGCUCUGGAUCUGAGGGCCCGGGAGACCAACCUGGAGAACUGGCUGAACCCUCACUGCUACCCUCGCUGUGACAGGAACUACGGAUACCCUGUCUGAUGAUAGUGUCGACAGAGUAAAAGACCAGGAAUGAGGUCACGGACUCAACAGUGGCAACAAAGAAAACUCUGGAAGAAUUUCAAAAAAAAAUGGAAAAACUCUUUCUCCCUCUCUCUUUCCUGAAAUGUGACCAUGUGAAGACUGUUGAAAUGGUCGUGCAUGUAAUCUUAUAUGUUAGAGCUUUGUAGUUUACUAUUACCAGUAGUUUCUACAUUUAUUUUGCAUCACGUAUCAUCACAGAACGGAAUGUAUUAAUAGGAAAUUAAAUCAUAAAUAAAUCAAAAUGCAUGAGCGUC